AUGCUUCGCUCCCCAUAUUACAUGGUCAUUCUGAUUGGGCUAUUUCUAAUAACUUUGUUCUGGCUUGCAGCGCGUGACGGCUCUACUGGCUCCUCAUGGAGUCUACCAUAUGGUUCAUGCUCAUGUGCAGAAGACAUUAACGAUGGCAUUCGGAUCAAGCCACACAAUUCACUGCCAUCGCCAUCCACCACGCCAUCGACAUCGACAUCGCCAUCCCAGCCCAAGAACAGUGCAGCUGCAACUCCCACGAGAAUUGACGAAGACCUGCCAUCAUCUCGGCUGACACCCCAAUCCUACUACUUGCCCUUUCGGCCCUCUCACCAGCUCGCUCGCCUACCCUUUCCAGCAAAAGUAUGGCACAAGGCAGGGCCCAACGGUAUCAGCGAGGACCGCCAAAGGGAUAUGCAGUCUUGGUUGGCAGUGAACCCGUCUCUCCGCCAUGAGACCUUCACGGAUGGCAGCGCCGAGUACUAUGUGAAGGAGAAGUUCGCCAAGUUCCCCGAGAUCAUCGACACCUACCAAGAUAUGCAAGUGCCGAUCUUGAAGGCCGACUUUCUUCGACAACUGAUCCUCUACGCCGAGGGCGGUGUCUGGAGCGAUCUCGAUGUAACCUGCCACGAGCCUAUCGACACGUGGAUACCAGAGAAAUAUAAGAGCCAAACGAAUGUGGUGGUAGGACUGGAAUUUGACGGCAACCAAUUCGCCAGUUGGACGAUCAUGGCAAAGCCACGGACCAACCACAUCGCCUCGGUCAUCGAUUAUAUCAUGGAAAAGCUGGACGAAACAGCUCUGCGGGCCAACACCACGGUUGCAAAGAUCACAAUGAAGGACAUCGAGGAUGUAGUCGCUCUGACUGGUCCGCAAGCAAUGACCCAGGCUAUCUUUCGCAGCUUGUCUAUCGACUUGGGCCAGCCCAUCAGUGGGAUAGACGUUGCAGACUUGCGUGCACCCAUUCUGCUGCAUGAUGUCUUGGUCUUGCCAAAUGCGGCCUUUGCCGCGAUGCAGGGAGGCUGGCCAGAGGACCGGGGACCUUACUUGGUUGAGCACCAUUAUGCUGGGUCGUGGAAGAAUGAUGAUGGCGGAGAGACUUCGACGGACAAGGCGGCUGAGAGCGCGAACGAGCAGACUGAUGAUCCCGCGGUGAGCAGUGAAUCAGAAGAGAUCAAGUCUGAGAUUCGAAAUGAGUGA